AGUAUACAGAAGCUGAGAACUCUUAUACAGAAGCUCUUAGUGUUUGUCCAGCAUAUUACCAAAAGGACAGGUCUAUCCUUUAUUCCAAUCGUGCUGCUGCAAGAAUGAAACAGGAGAAUAAGGAAGAAGCCAUAGCUGAUUGCACCAAAGCUAUUGAGUUAAAUCCCAAUUACAUACGUGCAAUACUAAGAAGGGCAGAGUUGUAUGAGAAAACUGAAAAACUCGAGGAAGCACUGCAAGACUAUAAAACUGUUAUCGAGAAAGAUCCAUCAGUAGGACAAGCCAGGGAAGCCUGUAUG